AUGCGAGGCGGCCAAUUUAUGGAUUACAUUUUGGAAUUAAUUCUGAAAAAUGAAGACCAGCAGCUGGAUAAGAUUUUAAGCGAACAAGCGACAAAGAGAGGCUCGAAUCCUUUGGAAUUAACAAUGAAAAACUUUGAAGAAAUGUUUGUGUUUGCGUCGUUCGCAAGAUCUGUGCGCUGCUUGACAGUUUUGACAAAAUAUGGUGAGUAAACUUGUAAAUCACCUCUUCCCAAGAAAAAAAGAGAACUUUGUGAUUAAUUACUAGUUAUAGUUUCUUAUUUAGAUUUUUCAAAUAUACGGCGAGGUAAACUAAUCAAUUAAAAUAAUCAGAUUUCGAUUUUAAAAUAAAAAUCAAAAUUUCCCUUCUCUUAUUUUAAAAACUAUUGUCUUCAAUUUCAAUCUUUUUUUUAAUUUUCUUCUGAUGGCCUCAGUUUUAGAAUUAUAAGUUUCAUUUCCAGUGAUGAGUUCGCCAGAGCGGGACGCGACGUAUCAUUGAGCCUUUAGAGCCGUGCAGUCGUAAUGAUAUAAAGAUGAUUCAUUGCGAUAUGAAAUAGGAGAUGACCUAAUAAGAUCUUACAUGUAAACGUUAGGACUGAUAGACGUCAACUUUCUGGCGAGCCUCAGGACCUCACUUCACGGGCUUCCUGUCACGCCACUCAGAAUAGCCGUGGAAUAUGACAACAUUGCUGUCGUAAAAUGGCUUUGCUGUCACGGGGCAAACGUCAACAACAGAGAAGCCGUAUGGAGUACGAAAUCAGAUGAAAUCACUUCCGGUUCGUUUAUUUCUAGCACGUGCUCAGUCCCCUGUAUGACGCCUCUGCAUUUUGCCCAAUCUGCCGCGUGUGUUAAGAUUCUUUUGGAGAAUGGGGCCGACAUGUCUGCGCAAGACUGCAUGGGAAAGACACCUGUGGCAAUGGCAACACUAUACGGCCGUUUUGACGUGUUGGAAGCACUCUGUUGUCACGGAGCGCCUUUAAAUCUGGCGAGCUGUUGGGGAGCGACUCCGCUGAUGUAUGCUCAAUACGGGCGCAGUAAGUCUGAACGAGUGUCAGCUACGGAGAUUUUAUGUCGGUUUGGCGCUGAUGUUGAUUUGCAAGACAGAAAUGGACGAACCGCCUUGCAUCUGGCCAAAGAUGUGGAGUGCGUUUGUCUGAUUCUUGCUUAUCAUGGAGACCCUAGUAUUGAGACGAUCUUUGGAAAAACAGCCCUUGUCACAGCCGCUGAGAAUCAACGCUUGGACAUUUGCCGCAUGUUAUGUGACGCACAAGCUGUGGUUAGCCUUGGAGCCUUGGGUCGGGGGUCAACUCUCUUUUGUGCCAUAUCACGUGAUACUCAGGCCUGGCUCAUGGAAUGUUCUCGAAAUGUCAGACAGCUAAGCCAUCUUUGUCGCUGUGUGAUACGUAACCAACUCAAAUUGAAUUAUAAAAAUAUUUUUGAGGGAGUUAGACGGCUUCCCUUGCCUACGCCCCUUGAAACUUACGUUUCUUUUAAUAUGAAAGACCAAAUUUUGAAAUGA